GUAAACGUUACCCCUGGAAACGAAGAGGAAAAUAGCAGCGGCGCCCGGAUCCCCUCCCCCCUCGCCUCCAGAUCACAUCACCGUCGCCUCCGCCUCCAAAUCCAUUCCUAGGCUGGUGCUGCUGCUGCGAGCUCGCUCGGGUUGGGCUCAGGGCUCUAGGGUUUCGCCUCCCCGCUCCCUGUUCUCAUCGCCGUGGAGCUUGGCCCGUCGGGUUAGGGUUGGCACGCGGCUGCGGGGUCCGUGGGGUUGGGGUGCGGCCGAUGCGGCGAUCGCCGGCGAUCGGGAGGCUGUAGCAGCGGCGGGGGAGGGGGAUCUCCCGGGAGGAUUCUCCGGCGAUGGCCGCGGACGCGCUCACCAUCAUCCCGGGCGCCGUGCUGCGGAAUCUCUCCGACAAGCUCUACGAGAAGCGGAAGAACGCCGCGCUUGAGAUUGAGGGGAUCGUGAAGCAGCUCGCAACGGCUGGGGAGCAUGAGAAGAUUUCAGCGGUCAUCACGCUGCUCACCAACGAUUUCACCUACUCGCCGCAGGCAAACCAUCGGAAGCAGGGUGGGUUGAUUGGCCUUGCAGCAGUUACCGUCGGACUCACCAGUGAAGCAGCUCAGCAUCUCGAGCAAAUUGUGCCUCCUGUGCUUAGUUCUUUCAUGGACCAAGAUAGCAGAGUGCGCUACUAUGCUUGUGAAGCACUAUACAACAUAGCAAAGGUUGUAAGAGGGGAUUUUAUCAUCUACUUCAACAAGAUUUUCGAUGCGUUAUGCAAGCUUUCUGCAGAUUCUGAUGCUAAUGUGCAGAGUGCAGCUCAUCUUCUUGACAGGCUUGUCAAGGAUAUCGUAACUGAGAGUGAUCAGUUCAGCAUCGAAGAAUUCAUACCGCUCUUGAGAGAGCGCAUGAAUGUGUUGAACCCUUAUGUGAGACAAUUUUUGGUGGGGUGGAUAACAGUGUUGGACAGUGUUCCUGAUAUUGACAUGCUUGGUUUCCUUCCUGAUUUUCUCGAUGGUUUAUUCAAUAUGCUUAGUGAUUCCAGUCAUGAGAUAAGGCAGCAAGCCGAUGCAGCACUUUCAGAGUUUCUGCAGGAGAUAAAGAACUCACCAAAUGUAGAUUAUGGUCGUAUGGCUGAAAUACUUGUUCGGAGGGCAGGCUCUACUGAUGAAUUCACUCGGUUGACGUCUAUCACAUGGAUCAACGAGUUUGUGAAGCUUGGUGGGGAACAACUCGUUCCUUACUAUGCUGAUAUAUUGGGCGCUAUCUUACCAUGCAUAUCUGACGAGGAGGAGAAAAUCCGAGUGGUUGCACGUGAAACAAAUGAGGAACUUCGUGCUAUAAAAGCUGAUCCAGCUGAGGGAUUUGAUAUCGGAGCAAUUCUUUCAAUUGGAAAAAGAGAAUUGAAUAGUGAACAUGAGGCCACUCGAAUUGAAGCAUUACAUUGGUUCUCCACUCUGCUGGCUCGGUACCGUGUUGAGUUCUUGGCGUACCUGGAUGAUAUUUUCGAUCCACUUCUAAAUGCACUUUCUGAUCCUUCAGAUGCGGUCGUCCUAUUAGUAUUGGAAGUUCAUGCAUGUAUAGCUGAAGAGCCUCACCACUUCCAUCAUCUUGUAUCUUACCUAAUCCGCACCUUCCACAACAAUCAUGUUCUGCUGGAGAAGCGUGGUGCUUUGAUAGUCCGUCGACUCUGUGUUCUUCUGGGUGCUGAAAAAGUAUAUCGGGAGUUCUCCACUAUUCUUGAGAGUGAAAUUGACCUUGAUUUUGCAUCCGUCAUGGUUCAGGCUUUGAAUUUGAUUUUGCUCACAUCAACUGAACUUGGUGAGCUCCGCUCUCUUCUUAAGAAGUCGUUAGUGGAUUCCUGUGGCAAGGACUUGUUUCAGUCAUUAUAUGCUUCGUGGUGCCACUCUCCAAUGGCUACGAUUAGCUUGUGUUUACUUGCUCAGGCAUACAGUCACGCGAGCUGUGUUAUUCAGUCUCUGGGAGAAGAAGACAUAAAUGUUAAAUUUUUGGUUCAAUUAGAUAAAUUGAUCCGUCUCUUGGAGACUCCAGUAUUUGCUUACUUGCGUUUACAGCUUCUUGAGCCUGGAAAACACACCUGGCUUCUGAAAACUCUUUAUGGUCUCCUGAUGCUGUUGCCUCAGCAAAGUGCGGCCUUCAAGAUCUUGAGGACUCGACUGAAGACUGUGCCGUUCAGUGAAAAUAUUAAGCGCACAUCUUCAGCAAAUCCGUACUCUCAGAUUCUGCAAGUGACAGAAGACGGCAGUCGAAACCAAGACACACAGAACUAUAGUGCAAUCAAUUUCCCAUCCCUUCUCCUGCAAUUUGAAAAUAUGCAGCAGCAGCACCGAAACCAUUUAAAGGGUCAACUGCAAUCCCGCAAAUCUGCUUCAGCUGCAACAUUAUCGCAGGAGAUACAAAGAUAUGAAGAAGCACAUUCCUCUUCGCUAUCAGAGAUUAGCAGGCUCCCAUCAGGAGCACCCAAAGGCAUUUCAUGAUGCAUUUGGUUACUCGGGAUGUGUGAUAUAUUUGCCGGACGCAUCAUCACAAAUCUGUUGGGGCUUUGGUUAGUCUCCUUGAUUUUUUCAAAGGAGGUUGCAUAGGGUAAAUAGAGUGUAAUCUUUUUUGUUUCAUUCCUAGAUUUUGUCAAGGAAUGACAAUUAUUUGUUGGAGAAAGCUCGUUUCCCCGCUCUAGUCAUUCUUAUUUUUUUCCUAGCCGUUUCACUGCUCAUCUGGUUUCUGUAAUUUUUCAAUUGAAGGCCAAAUGAGCAAAGUAGUAUUUGGAGAUAUGUUACUACUGUUCUGCUUAUCGAUCUCCAAUAAAUUAGCGAUGCAAUGUAAAUUCCAGUUUCUGGCUCCUAUUAUAUGUUAUAUGAUAUUCCUGGCCUUUGGUUUGGUUUAA